AUGAGUACUCUCCCGACCCCUCCGGCCACCCCCCAACUACGCGCUACCACGCCGGGUGCGACACCAUCGCUAUCCAGUACUACCACUACUCCUCCUGCCACACCUCCUCACUCUCCCGUCUCUCAAUUGACUCCAGCGUCCACCAACACAUCCUUGGCGAGCAAUACCACGCAGGCUACGAACGCUCCUCCAGGAACCACCUCCACAGCCGCCGCAACGGAGAAAAGCAAGUCCCCGAGCGUGUUCAGCUCGAUAGCUAGUUCGAUCUUCAGUACGGUCAGCUCUAUCCUCACUUACCUCGGGAAGAAGAAGGAGGAAAUCAAAGAGAAGAUGAAGAGCGUCUUCGGCUUUUUCUACAUGCGAAAACCGGACCCGAUAAAUCCAGAGGCGGCAGAAGCUGCAACAGAGAAGCUAAAGUUGGAAAAACAGGUUGCAAUAGGAUUCGAGCUAGAGGCAAAGCAACAAGGGGAUCUAUUGAACGACAAGAUCGCCGAACAACAGAAGGCGGCACGGUUUCAGCAACUCCUCGAUCGCAUGAAACAGUAUCUUCCCAAAUACUACAAGGAGCAAGUCGAUACAGAAUUUGAACUGAUAAAGAAAGAACAUGAACUCAGGAGGAAUCCUGUCUGA